AGAGCCGGAUUUGGGGGGGCGGGGCCUCUUCGGCCGCUUGGCCCGUCGCCUUGACGACCCGGACAAGAUGGCGACGCUGCAGGGCGGGUUUCUGGGGCCGGAUCCCGGGGCGCUGAGCCCCGCGCAGCAGGAGCAGCUAAGCCGCUUCAAGAUUCAGACUCGGAUUGCUAACGAAAAAUACCUAAGGACGCACAAAGAAGUGGAGUUGCUCAUAAGUGGUUUCUUCAGAGAAAUGUUUUUGAAAAGACCGGACGACAUCCAAGAAUUUGCUGCAGAGUAUUUCACGGAUCCAAGACUUCCCAACAAGAUUCACAUGCAGCUAAUUAAGGAGAAGAAAGCAGCUUAAUUAGCAGAAUCUUGAUGCUCAGCUGCUGAGAGAGACCAGCAAGAACGCAGCCUCAGGGACCGCCUGGAAGCAGGAGAGCCCUGGUGCCAUCAGUGUGGGUUUCCAGGCCGCCUCGGGCCUGGUCUGCUGUUACAAAGGCUUGCAAAGCUACUCAUUAAAAACAGAUGUUUCCGCUGUAUUUCACUCUAGAGGAGGAAGUCCUUCUGUGUGGGGGUAGCUCUGCUCCCGCUCUGACCCACUAGGCCAGCCCGCCUCUUGCUCCCAGAGCCAGGGCUGGACAGAACAGGGAUGGGGACCCUGUGGAGACUGCGGGGGGGGGUCCUGUGGGGACCCUGUGGACAACUGAUUGGGGUGGAAACAAGCUGAGCCCACGCUUCAGCGGGGCUCUUUAGGGUUUUUUCUUUCAUCUUCCCUCCUGGGUUACUGUACAGAGUGUGCGGGCGAUGACAAACCUCUUUAGCAGUGACACCAGAACCCGCUUGAAGGACGGUGAGAAAACGAGAUGGGACCAAGAAAGCCCAUUUAAGGUAAUGUGUCUUGUGAAAUAUGACUCUAACAGGUGACUCGAGGUGGUGGAAUUUGUUCUUGAGGAUUUUUAGCAACAAGCCACCCGUCCAUUUGGUUUUCAGCUAACAGGCAGGGGAGUGGACCAGUUGGCCUUGAGAGGUCCUUUCCAGGCCCAGAAAGCAUAGACGUUUCCUGUGUUUAUGCCCCACCUCUCUGACCUCCACAUCCCACUGUUUGAAGGACCUCUCACCUGUGUGUCUUGUGUCCACAUCACCAUAGCAACAGGCACAGCCACAAGCAGUCUCGUCCAUCUUGUUCCCAGCUGCCAGCACCUGCCGUAGUAGAAGAGCAUCUCGAGAACUAUUAAAACUAUUCAUGAUAAGCUAUAGAACAGGAACCUGAGGAGUUAUUUGGGUACUUUCAGAAUCACACUUCAGCAGCUGUGGCUCCGACAGUGAGGUGUCCCUGUUUAGAAAAUCUGAACGAAGUCUUCAGCAGAAAACACACGUGCUGAGGACCUCUGAUGUGAAGUGUUAAAUUAGACACUCUUAGAAACUUUCCUGGGAGGAGAGGCCUGCAGCAAGGUGGGGAGAGAACGAGGUGUUUUUCAGAUGCUUGAGUGUAUGAUGUGAUCCUGUGAGGGUACAGUGGCUCAUUCCUGGGGGGUUUCCUGGCAGGAAGAAGAAAUGCAUUUUGAUUAGCAUGUAUUUGCGGGCCAAGGAAAGCAUGCAUUUGGCACGUGGUCACAGUGCACCUGCUCUGUAGGACACAGUCUGCCAGGUCCACUGGGUGCGAUGGGGAGGCCAUCCUGCCACGUGAUGGCUUAAAGUCUGGGAGGAGAUGUGCAGGUUUUCUCCCCAAACCUUAACCAUUUGGAUCUCUCACCUUUUAGACUGAAAGCUCCAUCAGAGCAGGGACCAAAUCUAUAAACCGGACUUGUUCAGUGCUGAGUUUCUAACUUCCGGCCCAGUGUCUGGCACACAGCUAGUGCUCAGUGACCAUCUGUGGGAAGAAUGAAUGCUUGCAUAACUGAGUGAGCAGUCGUGUUAUAUCAGCCACUAUAAAGGCUAGAAUGUAGGGUCCCUUGGUGGCUCAGUCAUUUGAGCGCCCAACUCUUGAUUUUGGCUCAGGUCAUGAUCCCAGGGUGGUGGGAUCAAGCCCUGCAUCGGGCUCAGAUGAGCGUGGAGCCUGCUUGGGACUCUCGUGCUCUCUGUCCCUCUCCCCCACUUAUUCACCCUCUCUCUUUCUCUAAACAACACCACAAACACAGACUGUAAAGUUAGACACUGGUGACAGAAGUAGGUACAUAUAAAGGAGGAGGAAAGAGAAUACGUUGUCAGUCUGCAGGAGUGAGGGAAGCCUCAGGGGAACUAACAUGUGCUAGGUGGGAAGGGAUUUGCCAGGGAGAUGUGGGGGUGGGGGAGUCAGGGUGCCACAGGUGCUUCCAUUUUGCUGAGGGUGGUGGUGGCAGACCCUGUUUGUUGCCAGCUCAUCCUUGCCCCCCCCCCCCUUUUUCUUAAUGUAUUUAUUUUUGAGACAGAGACAGAGCAUGAGCAGGGGAGGGGCAGAGAGAGGGCGACACAGAAUCCAAAGCAGGCUCCAGGCUCUGAGCUGUCAGCAAAGAGCUGGAAGUGGGGCUUGAACUCACGGACUGUGGGAUCAUGACCUGAGCUGAAGUCGGAUACUUAACCGACUGAGCCACCCAGGUACCCCAUCCUUGCCCCUUUCUUGCUAAUGGAGCAUCGGCUUUGUUGAGGGCAGCAGUGGGCUCGGCCCCAAGCGGCAGAAGGAUGGCAUUUACUGAGCAGCAACUACAUUCCUUGGUUUCCCAGCCUGCCUUGCAGCAAGGGCAGCCACGUAUACAAACACACUGUGGGUUUCUAGGAAAGCUUUUACUUUCUUAACAAAAAUAAGGGGGAGAGGGAGUUUGACAGAUGAAGAUGGUGUGCCCCAACCCCCCAACUUUCUCACCUUCCUGAUUUGAACCUGCAUGUGAUGUCUAGAGCCAAGAAGCCGUGGUAAGGCUGUGAAGGGAUGGGCAGGAGGGUGAGAGAGCCAGCCCUCCAGAGUGGCAGAGAGGAAAGAUCAGAAGACUGAGGCCCUGGUGGCAUCUUUGAGCACUUGAACAGCCUAGCACAUGCCUGCCUUCGGACUUCUGGACAAGUGAGAAAAAUCCAUCUGUGAUUUGUUUUGAAAGGCCACCAGAGUUUAAGUCCUGACCCAGCACUUACUAGAUGUGUGGCCUUGGCCAAGGCACUUAACUUCCAUGAGGUUAGCUUUCUCACCUAUAAACCAAAACAUGUAAUUUGUUCCUCUUGGGGCUGCUGGGUUAGGGACAAAGCAGGGACAGUGCCUGGCACGUGGGCAGUGUUCACGAGGGGGUCUGACUGGAGGUGGGCACAGUGCAGGGGCGGGAGUGGUGGGAGAAGAUGCCAGAUGGGAAGGUGGGACAAGUCACAAAGGGCACUGCCUGCUGGGCACGGGAGGGGGAUUUGUAUCGUGCAGGCAAUGAAGAGCCAGCAAAAGAUUUUAAACCAACAGUUCAUGAAGAGAUGUGCGUUUAGGAAGUGUCAGAGUGUGAAGACCAACUAGGGGAAACUCGGACUAGAAAUGGAGAGCCCCGUAGUCCACACCACCUCCCCACCCGCAUCUUAGCAGGUCUGUGCCGACUCCUGCCCGCUUUGUGAGCUGCCCUGCGUGGAACAGAAAAUCAAUUUACAGCCGCUCUCGCCAGUGGGGCGUUCUUCUUCUCACCCAAUAGAACCCCAGGCUGUAGGCAAGAUCCAAAAUUUCAGUGGUGUCAACCAGCACCCAGAUGGGCUUCCGUAUCUUCUGCCCUAGCCUGGGGCCUCACUGUUGGGAGGGGCUGCUUCUGUACUCCAGGCGGGGAGAAGGAAGGAGAAGAGAAGUUUUCCUGGAAGUCCCCGUCACCUUCCUCUCACAGGCCAGAUCAGGGUUGUGAGGUCUAGCCAGGUGCUCUAGCGACCAGGAAAGGGAAUUCCUCUAGCUUCUAGAGAAGAACGUGUCCAGAGAAGAGUGGGAAUUGCUGUUGGGUCAGCCCCAAAGCAGUGUCUGGCCUCCAUGGUUCCUUCUCCAUGUCCUGGCUAGUAUGAUCCUCUUAGAAACCUGAGUCAGACUGUCACUCUCCUGCCUGAAACCCUCCCGUGGUCUUCCAAGCACUUAAAAUCCAGAUGGCUCUCCAGGAGCCUUGGAGCCUUGCAAGACCCCCUCUCCCUCUCGGACUUUUCGGGCCCCCUGACUCCUGCCUGUCCGUGUUCCAGACACACAGGUCUUUUCUCCUUCACACGUGCCAGAGGAGCUCCCAAGCCAAGACCUUCGAACUCUGCUUGGAUUCUCUUCUCCAGGCCUUCAUGGGGCUGGCGGUCCAGCUGGGAUCACCUGCUCUGAGAGGAAGCCUCUAUUUAGGGUGCAGGCCUUGCUUCUCACACAUGUUGGAUCCAGAGUGGUCUCAGGACCUGCCUCUGCAGUUUCCCCCUUCCCGCAAGGCUGAAGGAUCAGCAGGAAGGGACUAUACCAGGGAUACGAUACUGGUCUUUCUUUUCUGGAAAGUGGGUCUUCCCCAGAACACUCCGCCCCCCACCGCCAGCUCCCACUACCAUCUCAUCGACCAGACCUGUGUACAUGGCCUCCUCCUCAAGGGAGGCUGGGAAGUCCAUGUGUUUAGUCAACCCACGAUGCCUGAGAUAGGCACUUUCUCCGAGUCGUUUCCUAGGGAUCCAACUGUCCAGCCUUCCCCAGACAUUUUUAAUUGUCCCGCCCCGCCCAAGGCUGCAGCGCAGGGUGGGGGGCGGGUGCUGAUCUGUGCAGGGGCCUGGAAAUAGAUGAAGUCUAGUGUUAGGAGGAGGAGUUGGUGGGAUGCAGUUUGAAUGCGGUGGAGUUCUAAGGGAAGGCACAGGCUCUAGAAUGACUUCCUGGCUUCUUGUAUGGGCAGAGGGAGAAGUGACGGGAUCACUCACACAGAGGGAAGCAGGGGGCAGGGGAAACGGAGAUGGAUUCAGACCCGGAGGUGUCCACUGGGUUUACAACUGGGCUGUGGGCGAAGUUAGUGUGAACCACUGCAGCGGGGUCGAUGGGGGUCCGGCUGAGUGGACUUCCUAGCGGAUGUGAACUGGGGAGGUGGGUGUGAUGCACCUAGCGUGGCGGCGGAGGCUGCCACUGAGGAAGGGCGGUAGUCAGCCGUGGCAGCCGGGUCAAGGGUGGGCUCUUGUAAGGGGAGCUGGUUGGGCAUCCAGCUAUCUGGCAUUUUUCAUCUCUUGAGAUCUGGUUUACCUUUGGGCUAAAAACGGUAGGAGCCUCUUGGAAAUGUUGCACAGGUUGGACCUGAUAUCGGAGGUAAUGGGGACUAACAGGCAUACCUAACUAUGCCACCUUGUGACCCGGAAUGACCUGUGUCAGCUCUUCCUCCUCACACUUGGGGCAGUGGCUCUCACAGGCCUGCAGGAAGAAUCGCCCCAGUCUUUUUUUUUUUUUUUUCCUAAUACUUAUUUUAUUCUUGAGAGAGAGAGCGAGCACAAGUGGGGAAGGGGCAGAGAGAGAGGGAGACCCAGAAUCCGCAGCAGGCUCUGAGCCACCCAGGCGCCCCUGGAUCACCCCAGGCUUGAGGCACAGGGUGGCAAGGAGAAAGGGCAGCAUCUAGAGGGUGAGGUGCUCUCCUUCCAGCCAGAUGGGCUUCUACCGCCCUCUCCUGGGCAUGGCUGCGGAGCCGGGACGCCCCUGGAGACCGCCCGUUCCAGGCCUGAGUGAAACGGUCAGCUCAAGAGAAACAGGGCUUAGGAAUGGAGAAAUAGUCACAAAUUCACAGAUUCCUGUAGAAGGAAGUUUCUUCAGAAGUUACAACACCCAGGGCCUCGUCUCUAGCAGUCCUGUUCCAUGAACUCCUGGAUGUUUCUUUUUUUUUUUUUUUUAAGUUUAACGUUUGUUUAUUUUUGAGACUAAGACAGAGUGUGACUGGGGGAGGGGCAGAGAGAGAGGGAGACACAGAAUCCGAAGCAGGCUCGAGGCUCUGAGGUGUCAGCACAGAGCCCGACGUAGGGCCUGAACUCAUGGACCAUAAGAUCAUGACCUGAGCUAAAGUCAGAUGCUUAACUGACUGAGCCACCCAGAUGCCCCUGAAUGUUUCCUUCUUAAAAGUGCCGGAAGAAAAAAACCUUGGAAGGUUGAUCAUUCAUUCAUUCAUCAAAUAUUGAGGUAUACUAUGUAGCCAGGAUGCAAAGUUUGAGGAAUAAAAUACUCUUCCCUCGUGGAA